CCACUCAUCCCCGCCCCUCAGACCGGAAGGGGCUGCGGGCGCUUCCUGCUGCUCCCCGGGCCUUGGGGUUGCCCGGUGAUGUCCUGGGUCCAAGCAGCUCCUGUGGUCCGGGGUGGCGGAGAGGAGGGGGAAGUGUUUGACGAGGAAGCAGACGAGUCGCUCCUGGUGCAGCGGGAAUGGCGGAGCCAGAUGCAGAGACGCGUCAAAGAAGGCUAUAGAGAUGGACUACAGGCUGGCAAAGCAGUUGCCCUUCAAGAAGGCUUCAAUCAAGGUUAUAAAGAAGGUGCAGAAGGCAUUAUAAACUAUGGACAACUCAGAGGAACGUUGAGUGCUUUGCUCUCCUGGUGUCACCUUCAUGAUAAUAGUUCGGCUUUGAUCAGUAAAAUAAAUAACCUUCUGGAUGCAGUUGGCCGUUGUGAAGAGUAUGUGCUCAAACAUCUGAAAUCAAUCACCCCACAGCCGCAUGUUGUAGAUUUAUUGGACUCCAUUCAGGACAUGGACCUUUGUCAUGUAUCUCCAGCUGAGAAACAGAUUUAUGAAGCUGAAGUUGAAAGACUCUGUGAAAAUAAUGCUGAGUUUAACAAAAGCUGUAGCAGUAGUCUUAGUGGGGUAGAUUGUUCAUCUUUAGAAUGUUGUGGAACACAGGGGCAUACACAUUCUGAAAACCCAAGCCUCACUUGGAUUUUAGAACAGACAGCCAGUUUGGUAAAACAGCUGGGAGUAUCAGUAGACAUAUUACAGCACCUCAAACAACUAUGAAAAUUAUCUUCACUUUUCUGGUGAAAAUAAUGUUCAGAACAUUCCUUGGGACAUUUUGUUUCUUAACAAGUUUACCAAAAUUUGUACUGGUUUCUACAUUGAACACUUCACCAGCCUUCGUGGAAGUUUGAAACAUCUUCAGAAUUAACACUAUUAAAUGUAACAUAAGCCUUU